ACCGAGCCCAACUCCAGUUUCGUCCCUCCGAGGCCAAAAAAAAACCUUCGCCGAAACCCUUCCCGAUGGCCGCCGCCGUAGCCGCGGCCGCGGCCGACCAGCCGCGCCGCCGGAAGCCGACGCCGGGGCGCGGGGGCGUGGUGCUGCCCGCGGGGCUCUCCGAGGAGGAGGCGAGGGUGCGGGCCAUCGCGGAGAUCGUGUCGGAGAUGGGCGAGCUCUCGCGCCGCGGGGAGGACGUGGACCUCAACGCGCUCAAGUCGGCCGCGUGCCGCCGCUACGGGCUCGCCCGCGCGCCCAAGCUGGUGGAGAUGAUCGCCGCCGUGCCGGAGGCGGACCGCGCGGCGCUGCUGCCCCGCCUGCGCGCCAAGCCCGUGCGCACGGCCUCGGGCAUCGCGGUGGUCGCCGUGAUGUCCAAGCCGCACCGGUGCCCCCACAUCGCCACCACGGGGAACAUCUGCGUCUACUGCCCGGGAGGCCCCGACUCCGACUUCGAGUACAGCACCCAGUCCUACACUGGAUACGAGCCCACCAGCAUGCGCGCUAUCCGGGCAAGGUACAAUCCAUAUGUGCAGGCCAGAAGCAGGAUAGAUCAGCUCAAAAGGCUCGGUCAUAGUGCGGAUAAGGUCGAGUUCAUUUUGAUGGGUGGGACUUUCAUGUCUUUACCAGCUGAUUAUCGUGAUUAUUUCAUCAGAAAUCUCCAUGAUGCUUUAUCGGGGCAUACUUCUGCUAAUGUUGAGGAGGCGGUUUGUUAUUCAGAACAUAGUGCUGUCAAAUGUAUUGGUAUGACAAUUGAGACGAGACCUGAUUAUUGCCUGGGGCCUCAUUUGCGGCAGAUGCUAUCUUAUGGAUGUACCCGCUUAGAAAUUGGUGUUCAGAGUACAUAUGAGGAUGUUGCACGUGACACAAACAGAGGCCACACUGUAGCUGCUGUUGCUGAUUGUUUUUCAUUAGCAAAAGAUGCUGGUUUUAAGGUGGUUGCGCACAUGAUGCCAGAUUUACCUAAUGUUGGAGUUGAGAGAGAGAUGGAAAGUUUCAGAGAAUUUUUUGAAAAUCCAGCAUUCCGAGCAGAUGGUCUAAAGAUCUAUCCAACUCUUGUGAUUCGUGGAACUGGUCUUUAUGAGCUAUGGAAAACUGGAAGGUACUAUAUUUAUCCAGUGCUUGAUAUUUUAUUUCCUGCUUGAUCUUAUGAUCAGUCU